AUUAGAGCGGGGUUUGUUGUUAAGGUGGCAGGGCUUUGUUUCCAGGGCGACCGGUAGAUUAACAAACCUGAGAGUCUGAGCUGAGCGGGUACUGAGCUGAGUUCUGCUUCUGCUUCUGAUCCGGAUAGAUCCCCAGUAAUGGCUUCUAUGAGCCAGAGGCGCAACAUGUCGUACAACCAUCGGCAGAGGAUGGUAUUGGAAAGCCGGCGGCUGGAAGAGCGGCGUGAAGAUCAGGUCAGACAGAUCGCCAGAGACACGCAGAUGGCGGCCAGCCUGAAGAGCGAGGAGAGGUUUGGGAGGUUGAGGUAUCUGCGUGAGAGGCAUCAUGAGGAUCAUGAGAGACAGAUGGAGGAAGCUUAUGUGAAGGCAGAGCAAGACCGACUAUUCAGAGAGAAGCAGCUGGAGCAGGAGGAGAGGAUGGCUAGAGAACUGUCCCGAAUUGCUUAUGAGAAAAUGCGAGAUGAGAAAAUGAGGCAGUACAUCAAAGAAAACAGUCCAGAACUUCGUGAGCUGGAGGUGAAGCUGAAGUCGGCGUAUUUAAACAGAGAGCGGUCGGCACAGAUAGCUGAAAAAGAGGCCAUGAGGUACGAAGUUCUGAAGGAGGAAGCUGAUGUUGCUCGUAAUCUGAAGAAAGAGCAGGAGCAGGCAGCAGUGGAGAAGGAGAAGGAGGAGCAGAGGCGAUAUGAGGAGCUGGUGCGCUACCAGCAGGAGCUGGAACAGCAGAUGGAGGAGAAGGAGCAAAAGAAGCAGGAGGCGUAUGAGGAGUUCCUGAAGGAGAAGCUCAUGGUGGAUGAAAUCGUACGCAAGAUCUAUGAAGAGGAUCAGAUGGAGCGUGAGCUCCGGCUUGAGAAAGUUACAGCCACUCAGAGAUACAUCGAGGAGUUCAAGAAGCAGCAGGCUGAGUGGAGGCGCAUGGAACGGGAGAAAAUGGAGGAGGAGAACCGCAGAAUCCUGGAGUUCGCCAAGUACCAGCAGAGGAAGGAGGAGGACCGAAUGGCCAGUGCUAGAAAGAGAGAGACGGCUAAAGAGAACCUCCAUAAGAUGCUGAGUGAGAAGAUUGAACUGGAGCGGCAGCAGCGUGAGGAGAUGGAGCGCGUCCGAGAGGAACUGUACCUGGAGGAGCAGGCCGAAGCUGCCAGACAAAAAGAAAUUCAAGAGAUGGAGCGCAGGAUCCGACAGAGGCUGGAGCUGCAGCAGACGUGUCGGCAGCAGCUGGCCUUUAAACAGCUGCGGCAGCAGGAGGAGAGAAAGGAGGAGGAGGCGUUCAGGCAGAUGAUGCUGGCCAAGUUCGCAGAGGACGACCGAAUCGAGCAGAUGAACGCUCAGAAGAGACGCAUGAAGCAGCAGGAGCACAAACGCGCUGUAGAGAAGCUGAUUGAGGAGAGGAGGCAGCAGUACCUGGCUGACAAGGAGCGUGAAGCAGAAGAGAAAGCAAUGGAGGAGGAAAGAGAAGCUCUGCGUCGACAGAUCAUUGAAGAGGAGAGGCAGAAGCUCCUCAAGCAGCAUGCUACUAAACUGCUGGGGUAUUUACCCAAGGGUAUUUUCAGGGAGGAUGACUUGCAGCACUUUGAUGAAGAUUUCAGAAGUAAUUUCAGGAGACGUCAGGCCGAUAUAUUUUCAGAGGACGGCUGGGGAGAGGACGACCAAUAACACACGUCCACUCAGGGCCAGCAGAUGGCAGACGUUCUCAGUGAAGCUUAUUUUAACUCUUUCUAAUCCUUUGCCUUGAACGAACUUCUUAAUAAGCAUUUUAAUGUUGUUUUCUUUAUGUGUUCACUUUAUUGGCUAUUCAUUAAAGGUAAGUGCAGUUUGCUGAAUGAUUAAAAUCCAUUCAAACUACAGUGGUCCCCAUUUCUAUUUUAAAACAAAUCAGUAUUUACUAUCAAUAUUUUCAGCAUAACAACUUGAGUGAAAAGUAUGUUAUGAAGGUUUAAUAUUUCAGAAUAUGUUAGUAUUUCUGCUUUAGUGAGUCAAAAAUUACAUUUUUGUGGAAAAGCCUCUAAAAAAGGUAGAACAAGUCAUUUUUUCACUUAGGCUUAAAUGACAAAAUGACAUAUU